UGCAUUUUUCUCCAAGGUAGAGAAAAACAUCUUAGCCAUGACCACCUUCAUAUCAUCAUGCUGUGCUGAUUAGAUCUUCACCCACCCUGUUGGCCUUUUCAACCUCUUUUUGCAACCCGUAGCACUUUCAUUCAAGGCAGAGACAAAGCCAAGUGUAACGAGCUGCUCCCAACCGUGUCUGAUGGACAGACGCAGGAGUCUUGAGUCACUGGAAGAGCAAUUACGCUGCCCUGUAUGCCUAGAGCUCUUCUCCGAGCCCCUCAUGCUUGGAUGCGGCCACUCGUACUGCCGCAGCUGUGUGCGCUCCAUGGACGAGGCUGGAGCAUUGGGCCAGCUCCAGUGCCCUGUGUGCCGCUGCGAUGUGGAUACUGACAGCCCCCCGCCCAAUGUGGCGCUGGCACACAUCGUGGACACCCUCCGGGAGAUCAGCGCACCAGGUCACGGCCCACCAGAGGCAUGCGAUCAGCACCACAACCCCCUGAGCCUGUAUUGUGAGGAUGAUCGAGCGCUGAUCUGCGGUCUUUGUGGGAGCAUCGGGGGCCAUCGCACGCACAAGGUCACUCCCAUCAGCAGUGUCUACAGUCGAAUGAAGGAAGACAUUUCAAGUCUGAUGACGGAGUUUCAGACUCAGAAGAGGAAACUCGAAGAGCAGCUUUGUAAAAUGGCUUACAACAAGUCUCGCAUUACCAACGAGACAGACGUGCUGAAGUGGGUGGUGCGGAAGGAGUUUGGGGAGCUGCGACGCUGUGUGGAGCUCGAGGAGGCCAGCUUCAUGCAGAAGGUGGAGAGCACUGCCUCAGCCCUCAUCUCCUCCAUCCAGACCCAGGCCGACCACAUGGGCCAACUGUUGACCAAGUUCCAGGAGGCUGAAGGCACGCUGGAGGCUCUGAGCAACGAAGGCCAUCUGGACUUCAUCACUAAAUAUGGAUCCAUUGCUCCAAGGUUUCGAGAGAGCCAGCAAAUGGAGAAGAGGAAGGAGAGGACUUACAGCUCCAUCACCUUUAACCCAGGCUUCAACCACAGUGACAUCAAACUCACGGUGUGGAAACGAUUACACAGGAGGGUUUUACCAGCUGCCGAAUGUCUCAAAUUUGACCCACUCACAGCCCACCCAAUGCUUCAGUUCAACCAAGACCACACGAGUGUGGAGUGCGGCGUGCUCGUCAACCGCUUACCCAACAACCCCGAACGCUUCAGCUACAGUUACUGUGUGUUAGCCAGCCGUGGCUUCUCCGCGGGCAAGCACUACUGGGAAGUUCAGGUGGGCGAAAAGCCCAAAUGGCGGAUCGGAAUAAUCAAAGGAACCACGUGCCGCAAAAGCAAAAUCGCCAAGAGCCCCGAGGGCGGAGUAUGGCUGCUCGGCCUGAAGGAGGGCCGACUCUACGAGGCUUUUGCUAGCCCUCGCGUCCCGCUGCCUCUUGUGAGUCAGCCGCACCGCCUAGGCCUCUUCUUGGACUAUGAGAGGGGCAAGCUGACGUUCUAUAAUGCAGAUAGCCCAGACGAGCUGGGAUUCAUAUACUCCUAUCAGGCCGAACUGCAGGGUAAAGUCUACCCACUGUUUGACGUGUGUUGGCACGAGCGCAGUGCAAACAAGCUGCCAAUUUCCCUGCCCCAACCACUCUCUGAGGCCUGA